AUGAAGAGCCCAAUGUGGUCUCGUUUGGGAAAACUACAAGUCAAAAAUGGAUUUAACCAUACCGUUAAACGAUCCUUAAAGACAAAAUAUACCAUAGUUAACAAAUUAAACCAUUCCAAACAGCAAACCGAUAAGAUCUUGUACCAUAUCAAAAUAUUAGACAAAUUGUUAAACUCUGACAACUCUAAUAACAAUAUUCUGUAUAAGGAUAAGUAUAAAGGUACACCACAAAUAAUAUCCGGGAAAGAUUACACUCGAAUGGACUAUGUAGUUCAACGUUACUUAAAAUCACUUGAGUUGGAUGAUGCUUUAAAUAGGGAUCACAAAAGCUUGCUAAAUAAAAAUAAGUUAGGAAUUGUUAUUUUACAAUUAUUAAGAGAGUGUGGUGGUGGUAAAUUUCAUCCUUUAGUGCCAUAUUUGGUAUCUAAUCUUUUGACUACAUAUAACAGAUAUCCCUCUAAAGGCACUUUGUAUGGUGUAAAUUUAGCGUUGAAAACGGUUACUAAUGUUUUGUCACAAAAUAAAGUUUUGAUUCAAGAGCCAACAACUAUAUGUUCUCUCAUUGAUUCUUUAACUAUUUCUUCCACUUAUGCAAGGACUAUUAAAAAUGUUUUAGAAAGAAUAGAUUAUAAAUUAUACUCAAAUGAUAUUGUGAGGGUUGUUCCAGGUAAGAAAACCAUGGAUGAAAUCGAAUUGACCAAAGGUUGGAGGUUUUUAUCCGGUAUAAUAAAUUCUAAUGAACCUUACCUUAGGUCUCUAGACUUAUCAAAAAAAAAAUUGAUUUCUAUAAAAAAACCAAUGCUAGUUUUACUUUGUGAUGGAUCUCUACAUAGUGCAAGGCAGAUUCUUCCUUCUAUUUCUUAUAUGAAUAAAGUUGGAAAGUCUUUACUAGUAUUAGUCUCUGGCGAAUGUUGUGGAGAAGCACUAACAGCAAUAUCCAUUAAUAACAACAAGAAUAAGAGGAGCAAUAAACCAAUGAGAGUUAUAGUUAUGAAAUAUAAUCCAAGAGAUAAUAAUAAUGUUUCAAUUCAUGAAAAUUAUCCUCUUUUGAAGUUUUUAAAAUUACCUCACGGAAUUAGCAGUAUAUAUUCUUGUGAUUAUAGUGAUAUUAUACCUAGUACUGUAUCAGCAAACCAAUACUUUGGGGAAAUAGAAUCAUUUAAGGCUAGUACGGGGGAAGCAUUGUUAUAUAACGAAGCUUUCUCGGAUAAUGGGAGUACAAAUAAAUAUUUGCAUACUACAGUAAAGUUGAGUGUGGGAGGUGCUACAGAAUUUGAAAUUGAUGCUAGACGUAACUUCUUGGAACAUCUUAUCAAUGAUAUCUUAUGUGAUGGUUUAACAAGUGGUUUUGUUGGCGGUUAUGGUAUUUCACUGGUAAAAGCAAUACCUGAUGUGUUAAAGUUAUUAGCAUCAAAAGAAUGUAAAGAAAAUAUCGAGGUUGGAGUCGGUGUAGAUGCGGUGUUAAAAUGCCUUUCAGUGCCUAUGAAGAGAGCGUUAAGAAAUGAAUAUGGUAUUAAUAAGCAUCAAGUAUUAAGCUUUGUUUCGAGGACUAUGGAGGAAAAAGAUCCAAACAUUGGGUAUCUUCCACCCAAGUCGAACACAGAAAAUGGAGAAAAAUAUAGAUACAAUUUGAUUUCAAAGGGAGUCCUUGAACCUUGGAAUCAAAUUAAUAGUGCAUUAACAACAACAAUCAAUUUUUUACAACUUUUUGGUAAUUGUGAUACUAUCAUCACCUCUAUAAUGGAGAAACCUAAGAAAAGACUUCAUGAUAGCUGA